AUGUCUUCCUCCAGGCCAUUCACCUCCUCUCUCUAUCUGCUAACUUUCACACUACUUCUCCAAAAUGUUCUUGGAGUUGACCCUCUCUACAGUAGUUGUUCAGGCAACGAGAAUUCAACUGUUAAUUAUGGGUCUUAUAGAACAAGCUUGAACGUUCUCAUGGGUUCUUUCUACCAUCUUGCUCCAGCUAAUAAUAAAGGGUUCGCUGUUGGUUCUUUAGGUCAGGACAACCAAGACAGACCAUAUGGGCUCGUUCUUUGUAGAGGAGAUGUCUCAUCCUCAGAUUGCAGAGCCUGUGUUGCUAAUGCAACAAGGGAGCUACGCAAGCGCUGCCCAAACAGCAAAGUUGGAAUCAUAUUUUACGAUAACUGUCUAUUGAAGUAUUCAAACAAGCACUUCUUUGGCCAGAUUGACAACGGAAGCAAUUUAUACUUGUACAACGUGCAAAAUGUGAGCAAUCCAGUUGUAUUUAAUCAGAAGACUGAGGAAUUGUUGAGCCGACUUGCAAACAAGGCUUCUUAUAACAGUACCAAAAAGUACUAUGCUGCCGGAGAGAUGGACCUUGAGGGAUCGAAGAAACUAUAUGGAAUGGCUCAGUGCACAAGGGAUCUUUCUAGUGUUGAUUGUAAGAAGUGUCUUGAUGGUGCUAUAGGUAAACUUCAAAGUUUUGCUCAUGGAAAAAGAGGGGGCAGGGUUCUUGGUGGGAGUUGUAUGGUUAGAUACGAGAUAUAUCCAUUUGUUAGGGCUUAA